AUGGCAGAGAGUAAACCAUUGAUCGGUCUUAAAUGGGAACCAAAGCUUCCAGGCAUAUCUCUAGAGUCGAAAACUGGUUCCAGCUCAAUCAAAGAAGCCGUGAGACACGAAAGCUGUUCUCUUUGGACGUCUAAGUCAGCGCUCGUGGAUGGUCUUUGUCUUCCUCCUACUGAUCCAAAGAAGGUUAACAAGAUUGCUAGAAAGCAAAUCAAAGACACAGCUGGAUCAAACUGGUUUGAUAUGCCGGCACCGACAAUGACUCCCGAAUUGAAAAGGGAUCUUCAAAUGCUUAAGUUGAGAAAUGUAAUGGAUCCUAAAGUACACUACAAGAAAGCUGUGUCCCGGUCGAGAUUAGGUGACAAGUAUUUCCAGAUUGGAACAGUAAUUGAACCAGCUGAAGAGCACUAUUUAAGAUUGACAAAGAAGGAGAGGAAAACAAGUCUUGCUGAAGAGUUGGUCUCAGACCCCAAAUUUAAUCAGUACAGGAAGCGUAAAGUGAGGGAGAUUGAAGAGAAGAACAGAGCCGUUGAGCAUAUGAAAUGGAAGAAAAAGAAAACUAACGACGCCGUUCGUUGUUUCAGACAGUUCCACCGAUUAGGGUUUUUUCUACGGCCGGCGGUUCCAGGCAAUGGGGUCUCACGAGCAAUCGGAGAGAAAAUCGCCGGAGAAAAGUGGUUCGAGCAGUGUCUCUAA